AGAGUGAGGAGAGAGAGCGUUGGAACAGGGACUUCCCUGAGCCUCCAUCAUCUGCAGGGAGGGAAAAAAACACUCACACACACACUGCCUCCCACACACACACACGCACACUCUGCUGAGAGCUAGCAAGGGGCUUUAAACAGCUUCACACAUAACCGAGACAAAGGGACUGUAACCUGCCACAAUGGAAGAAAACAUGGAUGAAUCGCAAAGCCAGAAAGGCUGUAAGGAGUGCUGCGAGCGAUGUGUGGGCAGCCUGCCCUGGGCGUCGCUCAUCGCCACCAUCCUCCUCUACAUGGGCGUGGCCUUGUUCUGUGGGUGUGGCCACGAGGCUUUGAGCGGCACCGUCACCAUCCUCCAGAACUACUUUGAAGUCAUCAGAGCCCCGGGCGAGACUCUGGAUGUGUUCACCAUCAUCGACAUCCUGAAGUACAUCAUUUAUGGCCUUGCAGCUGGAUUCUUUGUGUUUGGAGUGCUGCUGCUGGUGGAGGGCUUUUUCACCACCGGAGCCAUCCGCGAUCUCUACGGAGAGUUCAAGAUCACUGCCUGCGGACGCUGCCUUACUGCAUUCCUGAUGUUCCUGGCCUACCUGUUCUUCCUGGUGUGGCUCGGCGUGACAGCAUUCACCAGCCUGCCGGUCUUCAUGUACUUCAACGUUUGGUCCAUGUGUCAGAACACCAGCGUGGUGGUGGAGGGAACCAACCUCUGCCUGGACCUGCGUCAGUUUGGAGCGGUGAGCAUCUCCGAGGAGAGGAAGUUGUGCACGCAGUCCGAGAAGUUCGUCAAGAUGUGCGAAUCCAACGAGCUGGACUUGACCUUCCAUCUGUUCGUGUGCGCACUAGCAGGAGCAGGAGCUGCUGUCAUCGCCAUGGUGCACUUCCUGAUGGCUCUAGCCGCUAACUGGGGCUACCUGAAGGACGCCAGUCGGAUGCAGAAGUACGAAGACAUCAAGUCGAAGGAGGAGCAGGAGCUGCACGACAUCCACUCUACACGCUCCAAAGAACGCCUCAAUGCCUACACAUAAACACGCCGCCACGAGGAACGACACACACACACUUACCUGUCAGACACACACGCACACACGGGUGAAAAAGAUUCAUUCAAACAAAUUUACAGACACGAGUAGAAAUUAGAGGAUAAGAAACCCCUGAGAUCACCGACGCCCUCCUCAUCCUCAGCUCUGCGGUCGAUCGUUGCUGGUCUGCUCCAAGUUUAACACGAUAAAUCGUCCAGAUUCACCGAACCUAAAGCGGUCGGACAUUUUAUUCUGAAGGUUUCUGAAGGUGAUGGUGUGAGUUUUCAGGCCUUUCAGAGUAAAAUGCUGCACAAACAAAAGUUCUCACUGAUAACACAAACCAGCGUAACGAGGAAAUGCCAAAAAUCACCGCGGACGAACCCAAAGAAGGAGAAUUAUUUCAAUCUGAUCGCCUAAAGACUCCAAACAGCAACGAUCUGCAGCAGACGCAU